AUGUCUAAACGAAAUAUUGUGUUCCACCCCAUUAUAAGUUCUAUUCAACGAAUAGCGCUUUAUGAAACUAAAGCGCGAUUUUACCUUAUUGGCUCAAAUAACACACAGACUAGAUUUCGUGUCCUAAAAAUUGAUAGGACAGAUCCAAAAGAAUUGAUAUUAGUAGAUGACAAAGUGGAGUAUAAUAAGCAAGAAAUACACCAAUUACUAAACAUGAUAGGAUUUGGUAAUAGAAGUAGUAGGUCACCAGGUUUCAAUAAACUUGUUUCUGCCUUUGGAAUUGUUGCUGCCGUAUAUCACUCAAAUCUGAAUUCUGAAAAUAGUGAAGAGGGUACGUGCAUUUGUCAAAAUACUGAUGAUGAUGAUGAUGAAGAUAUUUUUGAAACAUGGAAGCAGCAACUACAACAAAGGCAAGAGAAAACUGGGGAACAAAGCCCCAAAUUAGAGUUUGGCAUAAGAACAGUCCCAGAGUGGAGAUUUGUAUGGAACAGCCAUCUACUCUCAGCAGUGCACUCUUAUUUGCACCCAGACUGGAUACUGUACAUAGUGCAUGGUUUUAUAGAGCAAAGUAACUUAAAUAUAUUUGGUCGACCAAUUUACCUAACCCUUAUUGCUAGAAGAAGCAAUAGAUAUGCUGGCACUAGAUUUUUAAAAAGAGGGGCGAACCUACAUGGAGAUGUUGCUAAUGAAGUAGAAACCGAACAGAUUGUCCAUGAUUCAAUGUUAUCUUCAUUUGCUGCUGGUCGAUUCAGCUCAUUCGUCCAGAUGAGAGGCUCCAUCCCCAGUUAUUGGUCGCAAGACAUAUCAAAGAUGGUACCCAAGCCCGCCAUAUCUAUAGACCUCGGCGACCCGUACGCUGAGAUACCGGCGAAACAUUUCAAUAACCUGAUGAGGAGAUACGGUUCGCCUAUCAUGAUUCUGAAUCUGGUCAAAAAGAGAGAGAAAAAAAAACACGAAUCUCUGCUGACUGACGCGAUAAGCAAUGCAGUGAAGUACCUCAAUCAGUUCUUGUCUCCCGAGCAUGCCAUACAGUACUUCCACCUGGACAUGGCCCGAAUGAACAAGGGCGCUGACGCUAAAGUCCUAGAUAAAUUGUCCGCGAUAGCCCGCACGGUGGUGCGCCGCACGGGCAUUUUCCUCAGCUCGAAGGGGUACGACGAGGAGGCUGGGGUGCCUGGCCACCAGGGCGGCCGGCUGCAGACCGGCCUGGUGCGCGUCAACUGCGUAGACUGUCUGGACAGAACCAACACGGCGCAGUUCGCCAUCGGCAAAUGCGUGCUGGCACACCAGCUAUAUGCUUUGGGUCUUAUCGGGGAGCCAGUGAUAGAAUUUGAUUCGGACUGUGUCAGACUGCUCGAGGGAUUGUACGAAGACCAUGGAGACACACUCGCGCUUCAAUAUGGUGGCUCGCAGCUAGUCCACAGAAUAAAAACCUACAGGAAAACGGCCCCGUGGUCGUCGCACGGUAACGACAUAAUGCAGACGCUGAGCCGUUACUACUCGAACACGUUCUCCGACGCCGAGAAGCAGAACACGAUGAAUCUCUUCCUGGGGCUGUUCGUUCCGGACGCCGGUAGACCCGCUCUGUGGGACUACCCCACUGACUACUACCUCCACCACCCAGAGGCCAUGGUGUACAUACCGAACAGACGGUCUCUGACGAAGUGGUGGGACGACGAAGUGGUGAAACACCUGCCGCUGCCGUGCAACGAGAUGCGCAAGCUGUGCUGCGAGAUCAUCGGCACCCAGGGCGACGGCGCCCUGGAGAUGCUCGACCCCUACCAGGAGUACAACAGGCCCUUCGAGUACACCGUCUUCACGGACUGCUUCGAGUUCAAGAUGUUUCACACGCUACGCGACCUCGCCCCCACCUUCUCGGAGAGCUUCAGCCCCUUCGUGGUGCGCGGCCGCAGCGUCGGCCAGGGCAAGGGCCCAGCCUCGAAGAACCCCGUCAUCAGCGGCCGCUCCAGCACCACGUCCAACAAUUCAAGCGAUUCAAACAGCGAUUCCUCGUCAGACGACGACCUGACGAGUUCGGCGCCUAGUUCACGCCUAUUGGUGCCAUCGCCAUUGGCGCUAGUUGCUAAAGCGCUUUCAAAAGAGGAAACGGAAGAACCCGCCAUGUUUCCCGCCAUCAAACGUCACAAUAGAAUACUUCUUAAAGAACCAAGCAAAAGAGAUAUGAUUGUGUACAAACGUUAUGUUAACUUUGAGCGAAGAUCGAAUCCGCACUAUGAUCCAGACAUACACAUAGUGAUGACAGUGAGCAGCGCCUUCACCAUUGACAGUACUGUAGACGUUAUACCGCCAACUGUCACCAGAGCUUCAAAAGAAAUAUAUCACAACUAUGUCCAAAGAAACAGCGGCCGUGUGACCGUUCCUGCCGCAUCCCUAGCUUUAUAUAAAAAAUAUGUAAAUUUUAGCACUAAA